AGAUGUUGCUUGCAAUUCUGCGCAAUUUUCCCGAAACAGAGAAUCGAGAAGGAGAACACGCAGCGCAGCAGCAGCCAGCGACCUGGAGCCGAGGCCGCGGCUCGUUUUCAGGCUGCGUCACGCGGCGGUCUCACGCCUCCCCUCUCCCUCGCCUCGCGUCCCUCUCUUCCCGGCGAGCCGCUCCUCCACGCGUCUACCAACCACCAGUCCACCACGCGCGCGGCGCGAGCCCUCUAACCGACCCCGAUAGAGGCAGGCCAGCGCCACCGCGUAGACCCAAGCCACCGUGACGCUCGAUCGGCUGCCUUUCUGCGUGCGGCGCGGCGGCGGGGAGGUGGAGGGCCGGCCACCGCGCCGUGACGACGCCGCGCCAUGGAGGUGCCGCCGCUGCCAGCGGCGGCUGCGGCUGCGGAGGAGGAGCGGCGCGGCGCGGCGACGGGGUCGUGCCUCCCCAAGCUGGUCUCCGGCGUCCUCUCGGGGGCCCUCACCGGCCUCUUCGCCGUCGCUGGAGGCCUGACGGGGGCGUUCACUGGCGCAUUGGCGGGGAGGGCUUCCGACAGCGGCAUCCUCCGGGGAGCUGGGCUGGGGGCGUUUGCGGGGGCGGUGCUCUCCAUCGAGGUUCUGGAGGCUUCGCGCGCAUACUGGAGCGCGGACCGAUCGAGCCCGCAGAGCACAUCCUCCAUGGGCGAUUUCAUAGAGCAGCUCCUUCAUGCUCGAUUUGUGCAAGACCAGUAUGAGCCAUCAGCAUACAUGGCGUAUCGUUGGCAGGUUGGUAUUGCAGACAAUGAUGAUCUGUAUGACGUCCUUGAAGAGGUUUUAUCCGAAGGGCUCUCGCAAGAUACCCUAAAGAAGUUACCGCAUCAUGUGGUGACUGAUCAGAAGCAAGAAUCGAUUGGUGAAAACUUGGCUUGCGCUAUUUGCCUCCAGGAUAUUGUUGCCGGAGAGACAGUGAGGAAGUUGCCGAAGUGUUCUCACACUUUCCACCAGCCUUGCGUGGACAGAUGGUUCAUUGACCACGGUUCAUGCCCUGUAUGUAGGCGAGACGUGUAGGUAGAUUAUGUUCGGCCCCGAGUUCCCAUGCCUUUGUAAAGUGCCUACUGGCAUCAUGUAGAAAGAAUUAUACGUAGCAGUGUACACUAAGCCCUACAGCUUGUUUGUAACUGUAUCGUGAAAAUUGGCUGCGUGCAUACAUCAGAGAUUGCGAGGUUCGUGUUUUCU